AUGCUUUUUGAACUCCAACAAGAGUGUUUAGAGAUAUAUAAAAGAAAAGUGAAUCAGGCAAGUCGUUCUCGGGCUCAACUGCAGCAAACUGUUGCUAACUCUGAAGCAGAAUUAGCAAAGAUUUGUGCAGCGCUAGGAGAACAAUCAUCAUAUGCUAGGCAGAGUUCCAAAAGUUUGAAUGAAGAGCUUAAGGCCAUUAAGCCUAAGUUAGAAGAGAUGAAGAAGAGAAAAAGAGAGAGGAUGGACCAAUUUGCAGCUGUUGUCGAUCAGAUACAGUGUAUAUCGAAAGAGCUCUGUGUACACUUCCAAGGGAAUAAACAAAUGAGCGUCAUUGAUGAGAAUGAUUUGUCUGUCAGAAGACUAGAAGAAAUGAAGAACUAUUUGAUUGCUUUGCAAAAAGAGAAGAAAAGUUGCAGUAAGUUUCAAGUUCUGCAAAAAGAGUAUGGUAAAACUUUCACUUCGGAACUGCUUAGUAUAGAGAAAAAACAAAUGAGUGACCGCCUGAAGCUGGUGCUUGACCACUUGACAUCCAUCAAUUCAUUAUGUGUGGUGCUUGGGAUUGACUACAAACAAACUAUUGUUGAUAUUGAUCCAACCAUGGACGACUUCAGUGUCUCGAAAAACAUUAGCAAAGAUAUGAUCAUUAAGUUGUCCGCGACAAUCAACAGAUUGAAAGAUCUCAAAAAACAGAGAUUGCUUAGGCUUCAAGAUAUUGCAACUACCCUCGUAGAGCUGUGGAACUUGAUGGAUACACCGUUAGUGGAGCAACAACAAUUUCAUGAUUUUACAAGGCACAUAGCAGCUUCAGAAAAUGAAAUAAAUGAGCCUAACAUUCUGUCUUUGGACAGUCUUCAACAUGCGGAGGUCGAAGUGUCGACGUUGCAGGAAAUGAAAUCAACAAAAAUGAAAGAG